GAAACUGCCGUAGGCAUGACGGCUAACCAUCCCGAUUAUGCUUCUUUGGCUGCUAAGACUGCUGUUUCGAAUCUGCAUAAGCACACUAAGGAUUCGUUUUCGGAAACUGUGAAGAUUAUGUACAAUCAUUUUAAUCAUAGAUCUGGGAAGAAAGCUCCGUUGAUUGCUAAUGAUGUCUAUGAAAUAAUCAUUGAGAAUGCGACUCGAUUGGACAACGAGAGAUGGUUUACUCAUGCUUCUCCAACUCUUUUCAAUGCUGGUACACCUUGGGCCAAGGGUGGUAAGAACCAAAAGGUUAUUGCACUACUUGUUCUUGCUAUGAAAGGGUGGAAUUUGCCAGUUAGUGCUGAUGAAGAGAAGACUUCUAAUAUUCCAGACUGUGAGCAAUACAAGUCUGAUUUUCCAGAAGAAUACACGGAUGCUAAAUUUUUUGUCAUCAAGUGUUAUAGUAAGGAUGACAUUCAAAAAAGCAUCAAGUAUGAUGUAUGGGCCAGCACACAAAAUGACAACAAGAAGCUUGAUGGCGCCUACCAAAAGGCUCAGCAGAAACAUGGUGGCUGCCCUAUUUUCCUUUUGUUCUUUGUUAAUACAAGUGGGAAGUCAGUUGGGCUUGCUGAGAUAAUUGGACCUGUUGAUUUUAACAAAAUUUUGGAGUACUGGCAGCAAGACAAGUGGGAUGGUGGUUCUAGCUCAACUAACAACCAUUUCUCAAAUUCAGUUUUAGAUCAUCCGGUGUUUAUACCUGCAUAUUUAAGAAAUGUUGUUCGAAAUGCAUCUAGACCUUCGAGUACUGCAAAUUUAAGUCGUGUUGUUGAUGAGGCUGAUUGUUUAUUUGGCAUGGGUUUUGCUGAGCAGCUACAUCAGAUUCUUGCUCAGCUUGGUGAUCACCAUCAGACCUUGCUUUUCAGUGCGACAUUACACAGUGCUCUUGCAGAAUUUGCUAAGGCUGGUCUACGAGAGCCUCUCCUUGUCCGCCCUGAUCUGGAAACUAAAAUUAGUCCUGACUUAAAGCUUGUCUUUUUCACUUUGAGGCAAGAAGAGAACUCGUUGUUUCAACAAGAGGAUAUUGAGCCUUCUGAAUGUUAUGGAGACAUGAAUCAAGAUGCUCGCAAAAUGCAUGUGUCAAGGUUUAAGUCAUGGAAUAUAUUGUUGUUGAUUGUCACUGAUAUUGUUGUUCGAGGCAUUGAUAUUCCAUUGCAUGAUACUGUUAUCAAUUGGAAUUUCUGGCACAAGCCUAAAAUAUUUAUUCAUCUAGUUGGAAGGGUUGCAAGAGCUGAUCGUGUUCUUGCUUGUGAUCUUCAUUCAGGGCAGUCUAUGGGUUACUUUGAUAUUCCAUUGGAUCAUGUGCAUUGUCAGCCUGUGAUUCUUGAUUAUCUUGCUAGUAAGACGAUAAGUUCUAAUGACUUGGUGGUUGUUCCCCCUGAUGUUGGCGGUGUUGCAAGAGCACGUACUUUUGCGAAGAAGUUGUCUAAUGCACCUUUGGCUAUUGUAGACAAAAGGCGCCACGGACACAAUGUUGCUGAGGUGAUGAAUCUGAUUGGUGAUGUAAAAGGAAAGGUUGCUGUAAUGGUGGAUGAUAUGAUUGACACGGCUGGAACCAUUGCCAAGGGUGCAACACUAUUACAUGAAGAGGGAGCUAGGGAAGUUUAUGCUUGUUUCACUCACGGUGUUUUCAGCCCUCCUGCAAUCGAGAGGCUAUCCAGUGGCUUAUUUCAAGAGGUGAUAAUUACCAACACCAUUCCAGUUUCAGAGAAGAACUAUUUCCCUCAGUUAACUAUUCUUACCGUAGCAAACCUGUUGGCUGUAUACAAUGCUUUAUCUGAAGAUGGAAAGAAGGAAUUUGAGAAAAGUUAUGGUAAAGCGGUGCAAUUCUUUACCAUGUUCCGGAAAUCAAAAGUACCUUGCAUGAUAAAAUUGAUUUUUCAAGUUCUGAAUUUCGUGUUGCAAAUAAUCAGUGACAAUUUUUCAUUCAAGCAAUGGGAUCCAGGAACAAUAUCUCUAUUCUCAUAUUGA